AAACAGGGCAAGCGCAAGAACCUGUCUGGUUUUGCUUGCAUUUUGUUAAGUGUACGCGUUGAUAUUUCUUGUUAAAUUUCUUUGUUUAAAAAUCCUAAUCGCAUUGGUAAAUUAUGGGUACUGCGAUUUCUUCACCGUUUUCUUAUUGGCGCUCAGAAGCAACUAAAUCUUCAUCAGAUAAUACUGAGUCCAGUGAGACCGAAAAUCAACCCACAUGUGACCCAAAAAGUGUUAAUGGACAUUCUAAUGAAUCCGGAGAUGAAGAUGCACAGGAUCAAGAUGGCGGUAAUCUGGAUGGAAAUGUGGAUGAAAACGAAAAGAAAGAUGAAGAAUCAGAUGAUAACCAUGCAUCUCCUGAAUCUGGGGAUAAUGCUGAUAACAAAGAUCAGGACCAUUUCAUCAGUUCAGUUAAUGGCGGGGAAAACGGUGUAGAGGCUGAAAAUGAUUCUGAAGACAAAGUCAAAAACGGACAAAAUGGAAACUAUGAUGAGACAAUGGAGAGUGGUGUAUCCGAUUCAAAUCCUAUUAUUUUGCUCAAUGAUAUCGCUCUAGUUCAAGAUCAUGCUGAUGCUCGCAAUGAAUUUUCUUCUGAAUUCGAAGCAGCUAAAGCUGCCUAUGCUGCUCGCGCUAAUAUGUCUAAGGUCAUUAUGGGACAGAGACAAAGUCAGUUAACCAAGGAAAGUAGGAAACGUGACCAUUCUGCUGAUUCUGAUAGGUCAACUCCAAGUUUUCAGAAUAACAUGGCUUAUUUAAAUGACAUACCGAUUGCUAAUCGUAGUAAAAGACAAAAGUCAUCAGAAACAGAUUCAGUUUCUUCCCGAAGUGAUAGUGUUUCAGCAGAAAUUGAACAAAUUACAUCUAAGGUUGCCAAAAAUAGGAAACGUCGGGCCAAGACUGCCAAAAAAUAUCUAUCUUAAUUAAGAUGUUAUUUAAUUUACCAUCUUACUCUUCAUUACGCAAACAUCCAUCUUCGCAUCAAAAUCUACUUCAUCCAGACGGACAAACCCCACUCUUUUUCUCCUUUAAGUUCCAUAUUAUCUUAUGGAAAUACAUCAAUCUUUCGGAAUAAGGUUGAUUAUUAGCACACCAAGAAGAAAAAACAAAACUCGGACUCAAAUCUAAUUAUUAUCCCAAUCCCUAAUUGAUAAUUUUUGUUUUUAAUUGAUUCGCAUCAACUCUUGUGUACAAAUUGAUUAUACUCAGUGUUUCUUGAGAAUGAGAAUCUUAUUCUUUACCGUUUCAUGAACCUGUACAAUAGCAUCAUUUCUCGAAUCUCAUAUUUUGAUUUAGUUUUCCCUCUUUAUACAACCCUCUUCAUAGGUUUUUAGUUUAUUUUCUCUUCCUUCCCUACUUUAUCUUUUUUUAUCAUCAGUUGUUUUAGCUUUUUGCUGCCAAAGCACUUUUAUUAUCAUUUGACUCAACCUGUCUUCAACUCUUCCAAUUUUUGUAUGAUUUAAAGGUGUUAAAAUGAACCCUGAAAUGUCGAGAAUGUUACAAAUCCUUUUUUAUCCACAGCUGAUUUGCUUUUAUUAAAAUAAAUUAAAAGUGACACAAAAUAA